UAAAACAACAACAAACGUAAUUACAGAGUGCACCCACGACCCAAGACGACGACGACGAAGACGACGAACGCGGCGCUAUAAUCAUAGUGCGAUGAUAACAAGUGUAAAGUGUGCCAUAAAUGCAGUAGGAAGAACGUGUAAAAUAAAAAGUAAAAAGCGCUGAACUAAUAAGGGACGAAGAAAAACAAAACAAACAAAAAAACACACAAAUAAAAAUAAUAAAAAAUGAAUGCGAACAAAAAAGCAUUACAAUAAAAAAGUGACAUUUGCAAAAACAUUUGAGUGAGUGCUUAACAACGGAACGUUAAAAACUAGCAAGGAUACCAACAAAGCGAAUUAAAAUAAGGAAAUUGACGCAAUUUUUUUUUUUUUAUAAAAUUCGAGAGCGUAAAUAAAUCCUCUAAAUAAGUAUCAGCAGCUUCAUAAAUGAGUACUCCAGCUUGAAAAUUAAAAAUUAAAAAAAAAACCUAAGGUAUUAAGCAAAAAGCUUUAGCCACACUUAAAUACUUAAAAUUAAAUUACUCAAAUUAAUUACACAAAAUGAUUGAUGCUGCCUGCAAUUAUCUGAAUCCCUAUGCGUCCGCUUCGCUUGCCGCCGCCGCCGCCAGUAUGCCGCCCAUCAGCAGCAGUCAUCACCAUCACCAUCUCCAGCAGCAGCAGCAGCAGCAGCAGCACCACCACCACCACCACCAACAACAGGCCGUAGCAGCCACUUCAUUGAGUGCGGCUGCCGCCGCCGCCGCCGCCGCUGCCACAUCAGCCGAUACCGGUACAUCAACGGCAACAAACUUUUCCGCAUUGACAAGCCAAGCAGGAAGCAACCACAGCGGCAGCCACAGUCAUACACAUCUUAGUGGUGGCUUCACCAGCAGCGCUAGCAAUUUUGCUUCGCUUUAUGGCCAGAAAGGCUCAACAACAGCAACAGUAACGUCGUCGCCGGUUGCAUGUAGCGCACUCGCUAUGAAAAUGGAAAUGCAAUAUCCGCCACAAUCAUCCUCCACCGGCACGGCUUCGCCCAUGUCGAGUCAACAGUCGGGUCCCUCGUCGGCGUCUGUUUCACCAACCAGCAUAUUUCCAUCACCCGCCCAGUCAUUUGCAUCGAUUUCCUCAAGUCCGCCUGCAUCGGCAACCUCAUCGUCGGUGUCGCCACUUUCCGGCUCACCGGCCACCGCCCAGGCUGUUGUCAGCGCACAUGCCAGCGCAGCUGUUGCAGCAGCAGCAGCGGCCGCUGCGUCCACAACGGAUCUGGGCGCGGCAGCAGCAGCAAGUGCUGCCUCGUGGAAUACCUACUCGGCGGCAGCAGCAUUGCCAACACGCACACAAUCCUAUGCACAAUAUGCCUCGGAUUACUACGGCAAUGUCGGCAUGUCUGCCUCGGCUGCAGCCGCCGGCGCUUGGUUCUCGCAUCAGGAUCGUCUUUACCAGCCGUGGUCGAGCCAGGCGUAUCCGAGUUUCAAUUUCGACGACAUCGCCUUCCAGACGCAGCUUCAGCGGCGCUCAGUGCGCUGCACAUGCCCCAACUGCGCCAACGAGAUGUCCGGUCUGCCACCAAUUGUCGGUCCUGAUGAGCGCGGUCGCAAGCAACAUAUCUGCCAUAUACCCGGCUGUGAGCGCCUCUACGGCAAGGCGUCACAUUUGAAGACACAUUUGCGUUGGCACACUGGCGAGCGGCCGUUCUUGUGCCUGACGUGCGGCAAACGCUUUUCGCGCUCCGACGAACUGCAGCGCCACGGCCGCACGCAUACCAAUUAUCGUCCAUACGCGUGUCCGAUUUGCUCGAAAAAAUUCUCACGCAGCGAUCAUUUGAGUAAACACAAGAAGACUCACUUCAAGGAUAAGAAGAGCAAGAAGGCGCUCGCAGCGGAAGCAAAGCAACAGGGGUCUGUUGUCAAGCAGGAGAAAGCACAAGACGCACAACAGGAAAAGUCAGCCACGGAAAGGGCGGGUGGUCUCAAUAGUAAUAGUACAAAGUCCUCGGUAGCGGGCCACACCAGCGCUGCAUCGGCUUCAAACCCCACCACACCCAGUAACGCUACCGCGGUGUCUAAACCGAAUGCGCUGCCUGCAACUUCCACGUCACGUCUCGCUGCGCCCGCGACAGCGGCAACACAGCUCCAGUUGAAAACCGAACAGCCGGAUGCCACCAACGGCUAUAGCGCUUACUCGAAUUUGUACCAUCAGGGCUCAACGCUCUUCCAGCACACGCAUCCGCUAGCCAGUGCGGGCGUCUACGCGGGCGGCUUGCAGCAGCAUGCGCUAUCACAACAGCAACAACAACAGUCAGCCGCCGCCACCUCCUCCGCACCCUCAGCUUCCCCCCUGUCCAGCAGUGCUACGUUUGAUUUGUGGAACAGCCAUGCUGGCCAUCAACAGCAGCAGCAACUCAGUCGCAGUGCCAUACUACAGCAACAACAGUCAAUGCAAGGCGCUAACGCCAGCAACAACACCAAUAAUGAUACUACCUCAUCGGCCGCAACACCGAACCUCCAGCAGCAGCAGCAGCAGCAACUACAACAGCAUCAGCAGCGUCAACAACAACAACAACAGUUGCAAUCCAGCUUGUCCGCCACGGCGGCGAGUAGCCAACAUUAUGCCGCGCUCGCCAUGCAAAGCGAAUCGCAGCUAGCCGCCGAAUACGGGCUGACGAUGAGUUCGCCCGGUGACUCCCACGGCUCCACCUCACCUGUGAAUCACCACUUACACGCACCGCACCACAGCACUGCAACGCACAGCGCCGCCACCUAUCCGGGACUGCUGCAAAUGAAAUCAGAAUACAGCAGCUAUCCUGAUUUCGGUUCCAGCUAUGGCAGCACCGGCGCAUUUCACCACCACGCACCCAAUCCUUGGGCGACUGCAGUCGCUUAUCAACAUUCUCACGCCACCGCUUGAGGAGGGAGCGCGACAAGAGUUGGUCCCAUUUUAACUGGAGGUUUGGCCAGUAGCUGCUGCUUAGUAAAUAAAUCGCUUGUUUUGUUUUUCAAUUGAGUUGAGAUUAUAUAAAAAAAAUAUUCGUUAUUUAGUGGCUUUUCGUUGUUGCCUGAAUUUAAUUUACACGAGUGAGUAAUUUAUAGGGAUUUAAUUUUAACAUUUACGAUUAGCUGAAAAUACAUCUAUAGUAGAUAAAUAAGUUUAAGCUGAUGUUUUGAAUGUAUGUAAAUAAAUUAAAAAAGUUGUAGAGGAUGAAUUUAUUUUUAUUAAUUACAAGUGUAUAUAUGUA